GUGGCCAGUUUUCUUCUCGACAGGUAAGUCAGUGUUACAAUCUAUAUUAUAAUAUUUUUUUCUUUGCUUGGUUGUUAUUAUAUAGAUAGACGAACAUUUAUAGUUAAAAGUUAAACAGGCUAUUUGAUGAAUAGCAGCUAUUGAGUAACUGUUAAUGUAGCGAAGGUGCUAAAAACUAGAUUUGUAAGUUUUAGUUUUUGUAACCCAGAAAUUCUAUAGAAAUAUUUUAAUAGAGCAUACGAUUUUUCUUGCAUUGUUUGCACACCUAAGGCUACCAAGUUAAUGUUAUCUGACAUUUUCUGUUAUUUAUCAGCUAUACUGUGUCCUCGCAUUGAAUAAUAAAGAAGCAUACCGUAAUUCAGUAUCUUACGCGUAUAGUGUUAUUUGUGAACGUUGAGGAGGGUCAACAACUGCUGGAGUCAAUUUUCCUUUUUUUCUUUUUUUUUUUUGUAAGAUUAAUUGGACAAUAAACCUUGAUCUGAUUUUCCCAUCUGAUUUGUCCAGUUAUGAGAGUACCCUUUGGAUUAGGAACACAUCAACCCCCCUCAAGGCAAAACGUUCUCAAGUGGCAAAUGCUCCAGCAUUGUCAAGCAUUUCCAGUGGAACAGAUAGGGGACGGCAGAAAUGACUCACCAGGGCAUUCUGCCCAAUACUGUAGCUACACAACCAUGGAGCUUGAUUCUAAGGAAAUCAUCCAUGUGGCCACUGUAGACAAGCGGCAGACCAACUGGAACUCCAAUAUCAUGGAGAAAGAGGGUUUUAUCCAGACAGUGGACAAGCUUACCCAAGAGAUAAAGGUAGUUGAGUUCUGCACGGACGCUCAUGUCCAGAUUGGAGCCCUUUUGAACCCAGACAAAGGCAGAUAUAAGGAUCUGAGAAUUCACCACAGCCUGGACAUGUGGCAUGGUGCCAAAAAUCUGUGCAAAAAAAUAGCAAUCGCAGGAAAGGUGAAAGGACAGUCUCUUCUCCUUCACUGGCUGAGGGAUAUAGUAAACCAUUUCUGGUGGUGCUGCAAGACAGCAGAAACAUUUCAGCAGUUUCUUGCACUUUGGAUUGGAGUUCUGCAUCAUGUUUGCAACAAUCACACAUGGGAAACAGGAAGCUGCCAACACGACCACCUUGAAGACAUUCAGGAUAAAGAGUGGAUUGAAAGAGAUUCCAAGAGCCAUAAAGCACUAGUGGACAUUGUCCUCAACAAGCACUGGCAGAAGGAUGUCCACAAGUAUCUGCGCUUCAGAUCGACAGCACAUCUGGAGUCAUUUCAGAAUCACAUUCUGAUGUAUGCCAGCAAGCGCCAGGCCUUCACUCCCCGAGUGUAUGACACGAGAGUUGUGCUCGCAGCACUGGACUACAAUUUUCACCGCGAACAGCCAACAUACAGAACGGCUGAGGGCCAUCAAGUUUACAGGAAGAAGUACAAUAAAAAUGCAAGGAGAUAUAGCCUUUACGCCAUAAAGUGUCAAAAAUCAUAUGAUUACAUCACCGAGUUCAAGCACGCAUCUUGCAAGGGAGGGUCACAAGCGGAAUUGGGAUGCCGCGAAAGAGGUCCCUAAGAGCAGACGACCCAAGGUGGCUUGGUGUUGUGCCACCGAUACCGCCACCACCGACAUCCGAGUUGGUACAUACACAGGUCAGCAGAGGUCUGGGUAAGUGUCAAACAUCUACUUGCCCUUAUUUUAGCCCAUUAACUUAGCCUCAAACUGAUACUGAAUGGCCUGUCUAAUUGCACAUGUCUUUCACAGGAUCAGCCUUCCAUGCUGUUUC